AUGUCACUCAAAUUCGAACCGUCCGAGGCACAAAUGGAAUCGUGCCGACAGCAAUUCCUGCAGGAAGGCGGCAAGGCCCUUGCCAAGUGGGGCGGCGCUGCUACCCUUUUUACCUCAGCCAUGUCCCUCUGGCCUGCCUAUCGCAACCUGUUCAACUGGAGAGGCCAGAUCUUCUGCGUAAUGGGUGCGGGUAUUGCUGGCUUCUGGAUUCGAGGCGAGCAGGCCGUGCUCAGGUGCCACCACGCCAGGGACGCCCAGAGACUGAAGGACAUCUACGAGGGCCGCACCAUGGGCUAA